UCUAUCAUCAAAUGAACCAUUCAUAAUGGCAUUAUUUUGUACCCCUGGCAUACCCCCAGGAUGUUCCAAGACCAGCUGGCGGAGAAGGUCCGGCCCUUCAUAGACUUAAUAGAUGACAUGAGAUCCAUAGGGAUAGAUAAGGAGCUGCCACUGCCAACCAUUGCUGUGGUGGGAGACCAGAGUUCAGGAAAGAGCUCUGUGCUUGAGACCCUUUCUGGGGUGGCGCUGCCCAGAGGGACUGGUAUUGUCACCAGGUGCCCACUGCUACUUCAACUCUGUAAUGACAGGACAGUGAAAUGGGAUGCUGUCAUCUCAUACGGAGGAGGGAAAGUCAUUGAAUUUGACGAACCUUCAGAAGUCGUGAGACACGUUGAACAAGCUCAGAACGUGUUAGCUGGAAAGGGAGUGGGGAUAUGUGAAGACCUGAUCACUCUAAAGAUCACAUCCUCCACGGUGUGUGACCUCAGUCUGAUUGACUUACCAGGGAUCACCAGGGUGGCUGUGAAAGGACAACCAGAUGACAUUGGAGUCCAAAUCAAUAAUCUCAUUUCGAAAUUCAUAAAGAAUAAGAAAACCAUUAUUUUGGCGGUGGUACCAUGUAAUGUUGACAUAGCAACAACAGAGGCACUGAAAAUGGCACAACAAGUGGAUCCUAAAGGCACAAGAACUCUGGCCAUUCUGACAAAGCCAGACCUGAUAGACCCGGGAGCAGAGAAGAAUGUGUUGGAAAUUGUCCACAAUAGAGUCAUCUUUCUCAAUAUGGGUUAUGUCAUUGUGAAAUGUCGUGGUCAGAAGCAAAUUGAUGAAAACAUGUCAAUAACUCGUGCGAUUGAGGAGGAGUUGGAAUUCUUCCGAAAUCAUGAGCACUUCAGCUCCCUCCUGCGUGAGGAGAAGGCAACCUCCAAGUGCCUAGCCAACAAGCUCAGCAAUGCCCUGGUCAAACAGAUCAAAAAAUAUCUGCCCCAGAUGUCAGAGAAGAUAAAGGAGCGGCUGGGGCAGGUAAAGCAUUCGUUGAGUCAAAUAGAGGGCGGGCCUCCAAUGGAACCUGAAGAGAAGAGGAAGUACCUCAUUCAGGUCAUAACAGAUUUCAAUGAGCAGAUUACCCAACUGUCCAAAGGGGAUAUUAUCGUUGAGGAGAAUCUGUUUGAGCUCAUGCGAAAGGAAUUUACAGAGUGGAUGGAAUGUCUGAAAAAUGCAGAAUCAGAUUACCACGAUGAAGUGCAAAAAGUGGUGGAUGAAUAUGAUGAGAAGCACAGGGGAAGUGAGCUGCCAGGAUUCAGUAACUACAGGGUAUUUCAACAUGUUGUUCAGAAACUAGUGGCUAAACUUAAGAUACCAGCUAUGACAACACUACAGACAAUCAGAGACAUAGUGCAGAAGCAAUUUGAUCAUUUGUCCAGAGAGAGCUUUAAGAAUUAUCCUUAUCUUCAUCAAGUCUCAAAGAAAAAAAUUGAAACAAUCCAGGAACAGCAGUCAAUCAUAGUGAAGGAGAGGAUCGUUGAGCAGUUUGAGAUGGAGAUGCAGGUCUACACACAGGAUGAAAUCUUCAACAAACAUGUUCUAGAGGGGGAAACGGCAGACUGCUCAGAUCUCUCAGACGAGGAUGAAACACAUGUUCUAGAGAAGGGGGAAAAAGCAGACAACUCACACCUCUCAGACUGCUCAGAUCUCUCAGACGAGGACACCUCAGACGAGGAUGAAACACAUGUUCUAGAGAAGGGGGAAAAAGCAGACGACUCACACCCCUCACUCCUCUCAGACUGCUCAGAUCACGACACCAGGAGCAAGUACCCAGGGCUGCUCAAGGCAUACUAUGAGAUUGUGGUGCAAAGACUGGCUGACCAGGUGCCCAUGCUGAUCCGUUACUUCAUCCUGAAGCAGUCAGCCAAGAUUGUGUGCAGUGAAAUGCUGGAUCUGCUACACAGAGAUGACACUGAUAACAUCCUACAGGAGGAUUCAGAGAUCGGACUGUAUCGUGCAAAGUUGCAUGCCCAAGUGGAUCGCCUUGUACAGGCCAAUGACAAAAUCAGCAGCCUCUGAGAGUGUGAUGUCUUGUCAGUUACAAUAUUCAGAGAUGUUGCCAAAAACAGAAACAUGUUAAUAUAAGUAGAUUUUUGGAAAGGGCCUCUAAUGGCCAAAUGUCAUUUAUUUUAAGUAAUGAGUAAGAUAAGCUAUAUUUUGUAUAUUUGUAAUCAACAAAUGUAUUAGAUCGGCUAAGAUCAGUGAGAUGCUGUACAGACGACACCAGGGAAAUCCUUCCGUAAACGUAAAAGGUUGCGGGACCAAGUGGAUCGCCUUAAUUAGUAGACUGUGGUUGACAAUUUGUCAGUGCAGAAAUUCCGAGAUGUAGCCAACAAUAAUAAUUAUAUACAAUAAUUAUAUAUACUUUUGACCAGCAUACAGAACAUUUUAUAUGAUGGGCAUCUCUACAUUUUGUCAAAAAUGUGUUUUUAAAUAAAAUGAUGUGACAGUUGUAUCAUCACAUAUCUGCAUUGUGUUUUAUGUUUUCUUCUCAAAAUGUACUCAGGAAAUAUGUGACAGUUGUAUCAUCACAUAUCUGCAUUGUGUUUCAUGUUUUCUUCUCAAAAUGUACUGAGGAAAUAUGUGACAGUUGUAUCAUCACAUAUCUGCAUUGUGUUUUAUGUUUCCCUCUCAAAAUGUACUCAGGAAAUAUGUGAAGAUGGUUGAUAACAUUAAAUAAAGGGACAAAUCAAAUGAA